AUGAACUCCAUCGUCAUCACCUCCAGAAAGGCGACGCCGUCGCGGCCGCCGCCGGCUGACCCCGGUCCAGCCUGCUCGCCGGCGGCCAAACGGCGCCGUCCCGAGCCGGCCCGCGCCGUGCCCUCCACCAUCAACAUCGACCUGAACGUGAAGUCGGAGCCGACGGAGAUGCUGGACGAGCUGGACGAGCUGCUAGAACCGGACGGCGGCGAGCACCUGGAGCCGGUGCCGGGCCUGGAGCCUCCCGGCGUUGAAGGUCACUCGAUGGUACAAGUGGGGCACGGAGACGGAGGAACACCAGCAAGCGCGGCGCGGCGCGGCCGGUCCAGACUGCCGCCCGUCUGGCACUACUACAACAAGCUGUCGGAGUGGUCCGCCUCCUGCCGCUUCUGUCAGCGCGUCAUCCGCGGCGCGCCCAGCUCCAGCGGCAACUUCUGGGAACUGGCCGAGGACCUGCAGCAGCACCCGCUGCCGGUGCAGCGCUGA